CAGUUGAAUCACAUCUCAGUCAGAGUUCUUACUCAGACAUUGCACAGCAGAAUUGACAGCAGUGUCCUGCCCCACAGACAUAAAAGUGAACUUUCUGAGCUGAGGAUUUUUGAUCUGAGAGAGAAGAUCUAUCAAUGGCUUUAAAGACAAUAAACUUCAUCACUUGGAAUGUAAAUGGACUUAAGCGACAAAGAGAUCAGAAAUUUCAAGAACUACAAAAUGUGGAUGUUAUUUUAUUUCAAGAGACGCACAUUGGAGAAGGAGAUGAAAAUAUUGUAGAAGACUUUAAAGAUGAGUGGCAUAUUUUCUACACAAAGUACACCUCCUCCAGCAAGGGAUCAGCCAUACUAGUGAGAAAAACACUAGAUUUCAAAUACAUAAGUGAUGAAAAAGAUAACAGUGGAGCUUAUGUUGUGUUGAAAUGUAAAUUGGAAGGUCAGCCGUACACUCUUGUUAGUGUUUAUAAUCAUCAAACAGACACAAAAACCCUUGAUAAACUUUCAAGGUACCUGCAGUCAAUGACCACAGGGCUGCUGGUGAUUGGUGGAGAUUUCAACACAGUUCUUAAUAGAUUUGUUGACAAAAAAAUUAACAAUUUGACAAACAACAGCUCUCAUAGUAAACAGCUGUUAUUUGUAGAGAAGUUCAUGAAAUCUCUUCAACUGGUUGAUGUCUGGAGAAGAAAGAACCCCAUAAAGCAAGAUUAUACGUUCUACAUUAAAGACUCUCCUGUGUCCAGGCUGGAUUACUUCUUUGUUCCAGAAGAAUGUAUGUGGCGUGUCGGAAUUUGUGAAAUAAGAGACUCAGGGAAAAGUGAAAACAAAGACCACCGGCCUGUUUCUUUAGAGAUCAACAUCCCUGCGAUGCCUAUUCAGAAAGAUCCACAGAUACAAACAAUCUUCCAAUGGCUGAAUCUAAAAAAGGAUCUUUUGACAGAUGAGACUGGUUCGUCACUGGGCAAAGAAAGCUCACAUGCAGUCAGUGUGGUUGACAUUGUGUCAGCUGUACAAUCUCUUCAAGUGUCAGACACACCAAGACCAGAUGGUACCCCAGCAUCCUCCUAUAAAGACAAAAUUCAGGAUCUAAUUCCAUACAUUAAGAUGCUCUAUGACAGAAUCCACAGCGGUGCGUUUAACUGCUCUGAGACACGCUUUAAUGAAACUGUGAAGAGUCCACAUGAUGAUAGUCAACACUUUUUUAAUGUUGACUACCUCAUCAUUGCAACUAUUCUGGCAAGACGCCUAGAUGAUGUCAUUGAGUCUCUUCCAAAGGGGCGGAUCCAAAGAGAGUCAGCUGCUGUCAUGAUCACUCCCAAAACACAUCAUGCUUUAAUAAGUUUGAGUCAUAUUAAGGAUGAGCUAGAACAGCAAAAACGGUCAAAACCGACUCUGAGCCAGGAUCUUCUCCUUAUAGAAAAUCUCCUCAGUGAUGCAAAUGUUCUCAAUGUUGAGAAAUACAAACGGCUACAUCAGGGCUGCCCUUUGACCCCAGGACUCCUAAUGUUGGCUCUAAAAAGCUAUGCCUCACAGUUAUUUGGACAUUUAGAAAAGUCUGGGGUUUUCAUUUUCAAACAAAGUGUGAUAGUUUACUUUCAACCUGAGGACCUAGACAUGGUCAAAGCUACUGUGGAGAGCAAUACUACUGAAGUAUAUGAAAUAGAGAUAUUAUCCAAAGGAAAUGAUGAACUGCUAAAAUGCCUAGAAAUUUAUGCUAAGGAUGAGGACUGGGACAAAGAAUCAGAAGAAAACAGCUCUAAAGCAGAUGAAAUGGAUGAUGGGAGUAAGGUGUAUCAAAAGAGUGAAUAUGAGUCUAAAAUCUCUGAAGAAGAUGAAUCAAUGGAAGUCGAUGUGAGUAGAUCAGCCAUUUCUGGACCACUCAAAGAAGAGAUGGAAACAUUUCAAGGGAUGAAGAAGAAUACCCCUCCACUUCUUCCUGUACCACCACAAUCUUCAUCUUCCUCUGAUGGUACUAAAAGAAAUCGUGAUCAUAAAUCAUCCGUCCUGAGUAUACAGUCACCACUGACAACAGAUGAGAUCAUGGAGAAGGCAAGGCAAAUUAUGAAAAAAUUUCCCAAAAACUCAGAUCAAAUAGAUAAAGGCAAUGUGAAGAAGGCAACCAUUGGGAUUUUUGGAAAAUCAGGAGAAGGGAAGAGCUCCCUAUUAAGUGCAAUAUUGGGGAUUGAGUAUCUACUGCCAUCUGGUUGUUUUGGUGCCUGUACAGCCGUUGUUACUCAGGUGGAAGCCAACCUGACUGACUCCAACUACACAGCAGAGUUUGAACUCUUUUCUAAAGAGGAGUGGAACAAAGAGCUUGAAGAUCUUUUCAGAGUUUUGUCAGGUGAAAAUGAGGACAGGACUGAUGACUUGUUUGAAAUUGCUAAAGAAAAGAUCACUGCGCUGUAUGGAGAUGAUGCAGACAAGAAAACAUUAGAAGAGCUCAAGAACGAUGACAAACUUGCUGAGAUUGAAAGGUUCAUUAAUAAGGAAAGAUGUUUCUCAACAAGUAGUGUAUCUGAAUUUAAGAAUGAUGUUGCAAGUUACAUACAACACAGCGAGUCAAGUUUCGGUAACUGGUACUGGCCGCUUGUGAAGAGUGUGACGAUCAAGAUUCCAGAUUGUCGUGAACUUCUAGAGCACAUUGUGCUUGUUGAUAUUCCAGGAUCUGGAGACUGCAACAGGAUUAGAGAUGAUCUGUGGAAAUCUAAACUGACAGAGUGCUCUUCUGUGUGGAUUGUAAGUGAUAUUAAUCGAGCAACCACUGAUAGUGGCCCUUGGGGGAUGGUAAAGCACUGCACUGAAGAACUGGGACCAGGAGGAGAAUGCAAAAGCAUCAACUUCAUCUGUACAAAGACUGAUGUGAUCGAUCCAGUAGCCUAUAUGAGAGUUACACGGCUUCCUAGAGACCAAGACAAGGAUGAGAAAAAACUAUGCAUACUUCAUAGAAACGGACGUGCCAAGAUGAAGGUCAAAGAAAAGUUAAAAAAAUCUAAACUUCAGAAAAUAUUCAGUACUGACAAUCAGUUUAAAGUUUUAACUGUAAGUUCCAAUGCAUUCUUUGAACCCAAUUUAAAUCUGGAAUCUAGUGAAACAGAAAUCCCUAAGCUGCAGGAUGAACUGAGGAGUCUUAACAAGAGCAUUCAUAAAGAACUGGUCAAAGAUUAUGUCAGUGAAGCAAAGGGAACUCUGCUCUUAAUCCAAAGGGAUCAGCUAGAAACAAACAAGAAAAUGAUGGAAAUGAAAGUCAUGGAAUUUGAGAAUAACCUAAAGACGUCACUAAAGGAACUGAGAAGCUAUUUUGACGGCAUUAUUAGUGAUUUGGACCAGUGUCUCACAAGGGGAGUGGGAGAAUCAGUGAUAUCAUGUGUUGCUUCCACACGCCAAUUGAUAGAGCCGAAUAGAGAUGGAAGUGGGUUCCACAGAAUCCUUGGAUCUUUUUGCAAGAACUAUGGAUGCUAUCGGUCGAAAAAUUGGGAAAAAGUUUUUGACCUGAACAAGACAUUGGCAGGACAUUUGCAUGAAUGUAUUGAGAAAGAUUUCAAUAAGAUAUUUCCUGUGACUGGAAAAACAGGGAUAUCAGCGCAGGAACAGAUUGAGAAGUUCAGUGUCAUCCAAAAUGAAUCUGCUAACCCCACACCUCUCAUAAAUAACAUUCAGAACUUCAUUCAAAUUGAGGAAACCCAACUGAAGAAAUUGCUCAUUGGAGAGAUUGUUACCAAGAAGAAGUUGAUCUACUCAUCAAUUCAAACAACCAUUCAGAGGGAAAUGGCUUCUUGCUAUGAAGAAGCAGCAGCAAUGACUGGAGCUGGAUCCAUGAAGAAAAGGCAACAACUGUUAAUAAACAGGGUUGUUGAGAUAAAACAAGACAUGUUUAACAAAUCCAAAAUAGAAGUGCUGAACAAUUGUAAUAAAUUAAAGCUUUACGUAGUGGAUGUUCUUGAAAAAAAAAUGAAUCAAGCAAUAGAACGCUCACAAUCACAAACCGGCAAAAUGCCCAGAGAGGAUGUCUCCGGGGAUAUUGAACAGCUGGACAGACUGUUGGAUCAACUGUCUGACUCUUGGGAAUCAAGCAAUAAGAAGCCAAGAGUGUAAAAUAAAGUGUAACUUUUUAAGUAAGUGUUUUCUUUAGUUUUAUGACACAUAUUUGAUUUCUUUACUCAAAAUAAUUUGUCCAUGUAGUUUUAUUAUUUUCUAUAUGUUUGUUUGGUUAAAGAUGUAUUUUAUCUUAAGUUGUUAACUUAAAACAUUUAUUGGAAUUGGAAUUUUAAGGUUACAUGAUGUAAUCUCCCUCUCACUUCUCUAUUCUGUUUUUCUGUGUUAUUUUAAGAUUAUGACAGGAUGAGGAUCCUGAAAAAAAGGAAAUAUCUGUUGGUUUUAGAAAAGUGUGGAAAAAUGUAUUCACUUUGCCUUAUCUUGUAUAUUAAGAAACUAUGGCCAUGGUAAACACAUUUACAUUUAUGCUUAUAUUUUUACAUUACAUUUAUGCUUUUUACAUUUACAUUAAGCAGAGAGGAGGCUUUGAUGAUAAUCUGUCUAUUUGUUUAUCCAAUCAACUUUGUAAUUCUUUGUUCCAUGAUGCAUGAAUAUUAAAGGGACAGUAUAAAAUGAAAUAUCUGACAAUAAACUUUGAAAAAGUUUGACCAUAGAA